AAGUGGCUGACUGGUCCUGAGGUUGGAAUCUGUUGCUCUGAAGAAAAAAUGUACUGCAGGAGUGUGUGCUGUAACCGCUGGUCAUCUGAGGAGAGGCUAGAUGGGAAAACAGUGAUCAUCACCGGAGCCAACACUGGUAUUGGAAAAGAAACAGCCAGGGAUUUGGCAAGAAGAGGUGCACGCAUAAUCAUGGCAUGCAGAGACCUGGAGAGGGCAGAGGAGGCCCGGACAGACAUUUUGGAAGACACAGGAAAUGAGAAUGUUGUCAUCAAGAAACUGGAUCUGUCUGACACCAAGUCCAUCAGAGUGUUUGCUGAACUCAUCAACAAGGAGGAGAAACAAGUAAACAUCCUGAUAAACAAUGCAGGCGUCAUGAUGUGUCCCUACUCCAAGACUGCUGAUGGGUUUGAAAUGCAGCUAGGUGUCAAUCAUUUAGGUCACUUCCUGUUGACUUAUCUGCUGCUGGACAUCAUCAAGCGUUCAGCUCCUGCCCGCAUCGUCGUCGUGGCAUCGGUGGCCCACACCUGGACCGGCCUUCGACUGGAUGACAUCAACAGUGAGAGGAGUUACGAUACCAUGAAGGCUUAUGGGCAGAGCAAGCUGGCAAACGUCCUCUUUGCACGCCUACUUGCCAAACGGUUACAAGGAACAGGGGUGAGUGUGUUCUCUCUGCACCCUGGGGUGGUGCAGUCUGACCUGUGGAGGCACCAGCAUCAGUGUAUCCAGGUGGCAGUGAAGAUCUUCAGGAUUUUUACCAAGACUACACUGGAGGGAGCACAGACCACCAUUUACUGUGCUGUGGAGUCAGGCCUGGAGAGCCAGAGUGGAGGGUACUUCAGUGACUGCGCUCCUGCGAGAUGCUCAAGGACGGCUUCUGAUGAUGACUUGGCCCAAAAAUUGUGGGAGAUCAGCUGCAACAUGCUUGGAAUCACUUGGCAGUGAGCAGUGGCAAAUUGAUGUGUGCUAUCAAGGACAUUUUAUGCUAUGUAUCAUCUUUUAAAGAGCACUUUUACGCACUUUUAUAGAGGCAUUAAUGUUACUAUUACUGUUGUGAAGCAGAUUUAUUUUAUGAGAGUAUUCUAAAGUCAUUGGAUCACUAAGAGCCCUUUUAUUUUGUAAAAUAUCAAAAAUUAACUUGACAUAUUACAUUUACAUUUAGUCAUUUAGCGACUUACAGGAAGAAAAAAGCAAACAAUCAAGGUAUAGUGCGGUAUAUUGUCAAAUUGUAUUUAUCAAACAAGACUGCAUGAUGAAACUUUCUUUUUACUGUACUUUUACUUACCCAUGUUGGCAUCUUUGUUUAGUCAGUUUUGUAUCUUCAAGUGCCGAUGCUGUUCUAUCUUGUUUGCUUUUUAAAGCUUGUAAAGAGGCCACCCCACCAUAGUAUUUCUUUGGAUGAAAGUGGCUUACGUGCCUUGCACUGAUGAGAAUAAUUUGGCUCUAAACUGCCUCCAAAAGCCCUUUUUCAAGGUAAAAUUUUAAUUAAAUACUGUACACAUCCAGUAUUGUGGUCGAUAGUUAAAGCACUUAGAUGAGACUAAAUAUGAAGUGUGUCCUGUUUUGCUUUUCUAGCUCUGAAAGUGUUAGAAUGUGCAUUUGAUAGUAAAACAUUAACCACUGGUCUAAAAUGAUUAUUUCUUGUAAUCUACGAUUUCCUUAGCUGAGGAAGGAAAAACACAAAAUUCUGGUAAUAUGACAAUAUGUACAUAAUGUAAAAAAUAAACCUGUUAGACAAUAUGUUAGCCACAUAUUGCAAAGUA